AAAACAACAACAACAAACCUUCCAGAUUACUCAAGGAUAACACAAGUACGAAACAAAGAUAAGAAAAGACUUUACACAAACGCAUAUUUCUUUUUAACGAGCGAGCGAUAAUGAUUCUGUCUUUGAGGAGAAGAAGAGCCAACAAGAAGAAAACCCAGAUUCCGGAAUCGGAUUCUGAGAUGACGGAGAUAGUGAUUCCGGCGCACUUCCGUUGCCCGAUUACUCUCGACUUGAUGAAAGACCCGGUAACUUUAUCCACCGGAAUCACCUACGACAGAGACAGCAUCGAGAAGUGGAUCGAAUCCGGAAACCGCACGUGCCCGGUAACGAAUCAGGUCUUGAAGAGUUUUGACCAGAUCCCCAACCACACCAUUAGGAGAAUGAUCCAAGAUUGGUGCGUCCAAAACCGAUCCCACGGCGUCGAACGCAUUCCGACGCCGAGGAUUCCGGUGACCCAGUACGAGGUUUCUUCGGUGUGUGAGAGAAUCGCCAUCGCUACGAGGAAUAAAGACCGAAAGAGAUGCCAGGAAUUGGUGGGGAAGAUGAAGAUUUGGGCUAAGGAGAGCGAGCGUAACAGGAAGUGCAUGGUCAACGGCGGAAUCGGCCGCGUUUUGUUGUUGUCGUUUGAGGCUUUCGCUGUCGUUUUCUCCGCGGAGGAAUUGGGUGAACAAGAGAGCGCGAACGUCCGGGUGUUGCUGGAGCAGAUCUUGUCGGUUCUGACAUGGGAUGCAGAUUCUUUAGGCGACGGGCUUAAAAACGACACGUCGUUGCGUUGCUUGGUGUCGUUUUUGCAAGGAAACGACCUCUCCGCGAGACAAAACGCGGUUAUGGUGAUCAAAGAGCUUCUCGCCUCAGAUCAAGGACGUGACGUGGCGGUAUCAAUUGCUGAGAUUGACGGAGGUGUCGAGGCUUUGGUACGGAUGAUAAGAGAGCCUGUUUCUCCGAAAGCCAUGAAAGCUUCUCUCACGGCCGUUUUCCACAUGAUCAACACCAACAACGACACGAAUUCGGUCAGGUCGAGAUUUGUCGAUCUGGGUUUGGUCUCUUUGUUGCUGGAGAACAUCCUGGAGGGAGAAAAGGGCGUUUCGGAGAGGUCGUUGCGGGUUUUCAACGUCGUUUGCGACAGCGAAGAAGGGAGAGAGAAGGCGUACGACAAUGCGCUGACGAUCCCUCUAGUGGUGAAAAAAAUUCUUAGAGUUUCCGACUUGGCAUCGGAAUUGCUGGUUUCGAUUCUUUGGAAGCUUUGCAAGAACGCCAAGAGUAAAGAAGAAGAUGAUAAUGAUCGAGAAAUCAGCGCUGUGGUUGAGGCGUUACAAGUGGGAGCUUUUGAGAAGCUGUUGGUGGUGUUGCAGAUUGGAUGUGGCUCGAAAACGAAGGAGAAAGUGACUCAGUUGUUGAAGCUUUUCAAUAUUUAUCGCCAGACAUUGAACUGUGAUGAUUCCUCCGCGGAGUUUAAGUACCUCAAGAAGCCAUUUUGAUCAUCAUGAUGAUCAGCUUUUCUUUUUGAUUUUUGGUUUUAGAGAGACGGAAAAAUGUACAAACGUAUACACACAGGGUAUCAUACGAUUUAUCUGAUAGUGCACAAUAUAAUUUAGCUUGUAAAUCAAUAGACACAGAAACACAAUUCAGACA